UGGAUUUCGAAUUCGUUUUGAUGGAUCCAGCGGCCAUGAUGAACGCGGGUGCCAACACGGCGUCGUAUCACUUGGCGGAGAUCUGGUCAUUUCCGCCGCCGAGUGGGGGGGAGUCCGGUGGCGGGUUGGGGUUCAGGAGGCCGCAGUUCGGGCACGGGUUUGCGGAUUUCGGUGCUGGUCCGACCCGAGACGUUCCAGGCGAUGACCCGAUUAGUUCGGAGCAGAGAGCUGCGGCGGCGGCGAACCAUGGCCAUAACAGGAAGAGGCGCGACUCGGAGGAGGAAUCAGCUAAGGGUGUCUCCACCAGCAAUGGCGGUGGCAAUGGCAAUGGCAAUGGCGUGAGUGAUGGUGGUGGUGGAAAACGGAUUAAGAUAUCAGGGAACAGGAAUGAGAGCAAUAAAGGUGAAGCAGAACCCAGUUCAGGAAAGCCUGCGGAGGAAACUACUCAGCCACCUCCUGAGCCUCCUAAGCAAGACUAUAUCCAUGUCCGAGCUAGAAGGGGUCAAGCUACUGAUAGCCACAGUCUUGCAGAAAGAGCUAGAAGGGAAAAGAUUAGUGAAAGGAUGAAAAUUCUUCAGGAUUUAGUCCCUGGUUGUAAUAAGGUUAUUGGGAAAGCAUUGGUCCUUGAUGAGAUAAUUAAUUAUAUUCAAUCGCUUCAGCGCCAAGUAGAGUUUUUAUCAAUGAAGCUUGAAACAGUAAAUUCAAGACUGACCCCUGGUAUUGAAGUAUUUACUCCUAAAGAUUUUGAUCAGCAAACAUUUGAGCCAGCCGGAUUGCCAUUCUCUUCACAAGCUACAAGAGAAUAUAGCCGGGGUUCAUCACCAGAGUGGUUACAUAUGCAGGUGGGAAGUGGUUUUGAAAGAGCAACGUAGAAAUCCCAUCACCUGAUAAUAAAUGCAUAUAGGAUCAGUAGUCUUUCAUUCAGAGCUUCCAUAAAUCAUAUACUCAAGGUGUUCAGUCCAAUGGACACCUUAUUCCCGUUUUCUUCACCAGGCAUGGAGCUGUUAUUUGUAUCCACAGGAUCGUUUCAGUUAGUAUUUAAGCAACUCCAUUUGUUAGUGUAUUGGAAAAUGAAUUCAUUUACCCAAUAUGUAGCUAGUGUGGACUAUAGGCUUUUCUAUGCAGAUACUCUUCAUAACCUUUAAAAUGAUUAUUAUUCUUGUAAAAGAAUGCUACUUGUGCUGAAUACAUAAUGCUUACAUAUUGUGUAAUAGUCUCAACACAAUGUUGUUGUUUGUUUAUGAAGCUAUGUUGAAUAAAUUA